CGCUUGCAAAACAUUCAGUAUCGACUUGGUCGUUGUGUUGCACAGUUCGAAUAAAAAAAUAAAAUUGAAAAAUGACUGGACGCGGUAAAGGUGGUAAAGGUUUGGGAAAAGGAGGCGCCAAGCGUCAUCGCAAAGUUUUGCGUGAUAACAUCCAAGGUAUUACGAAGCCAGCCAUUCGUCGAUUGGCCCGUCGUGGUGGUGUCAAACGUAUUUCCGGUUUGAUCUAUGAAGAAACCCGUGGUGUUCUGAAAGUUUUCUUGGAAAAUGUUAUCCGAGAUGCAGUCACCUACACGGAACAUGCUAAACGUAAGACCGUAACAGCCAUGGAUGUCGUUUAUGCCUUGAAACGACAGGGACGUACAUUGUACGGUUUCGGAGGUUAAAUCAUUCUGCGUUAACAAGAGCAUCGCGCUUAUUAAAAUGGCCCUUUUCAGGGCCGC